AUGGCGCCACGUGCCCCAGCAGUCGACGCGCCGUCCGAAGCUCUGGCGCUGCCCGCGUGGACGCGGUUCCUCGCCCCGUACUACGUGUGUAACGUUAUGACGCUGCUGAUGUAUUUACCCAUUCGGUACCAGCGAUCGAGCGAAGCGCUCAUGGAGCGAGACAAUAUGUUCCAGAUACCGCUGGAAUAUGAGAUCUUUAUGCUCGCGUUGGCUUCGUGGCUGCUGAACUUUCGCAAGAAAGCGACAGCAGACGGUGUGCUGUCGCUCUUUUUCCUGUACGGCAAACUUGCUGUCUUGGCGUCGCUCUACUAUCUCGAUCUGACCCUUUUUGGGUGGUACGCAGUCGUUUGUCUCGUACUGUUUGCCGCAUUGGGGCAGCCCAAGUACCAGGGUCCGUCCAAGAUAUCUGAGCUGGACCCAGCGACGAUGGAGAAAGUGGUGAAAAAGACGUCCAGUGCAAAGAAGAAAGGCCCGGUGCACUCGUGGCUCGUCUUUUUUUACGCCGAUUGGAGUGACGCUUGUGUCGAGCACGAGUCCAUGCUCGCGGACUUGUCACUCAGGUACACGUCCGAGUCGCUGCAGUUUGGCAAGAUUGAUGUGAACAAAUGGUCCGAUCUGGCUGUGGAAAAUCGCAUCAAUGUGUCGACGUCGUCGAGGCAGCUACCGACGUUCAUUUUGUUCCAAAAUGGCAAAGAAGUUAUGCGUUCGCCGCAGAUCACGGACGCAGGAAAAGUCAUCAAAGCUGUUCUUGAUCAGGCGGGACUCGUUGCUGCGUUUAAGCUCCAGGAGCUGAAGGAGGAGAAAGCAGUCGUGUUUGAGGCAAAGAAAACUACAUAG